UCCAGCAGCACACGGAAAAAGAUGGAGACCAUCAGCCAGACUUUGGAACAUGUAUUGGUCACAGCUCAUCAUCAGAACUGUCUGACUGUGGGAGUUUAUGAGUCUGCAAAAUUCUUGAAUGAAGACCCGGAUGGCGCGGUGCUGUGUGUGCUGGCCCUUGAUGAGGAGGAUGAAGAUGACGCUGCGCUGCAGAUUCACUUCAAACUGCUGCAGGCUUUCUGCUACGACAAUUACCUCGACAUCCUGCGAGUGACGGGAAUGAGGCGGCUCGCUCAGCUGCUGGAGGAAACCAGCAACAGAAACGAACCCCGGGACCUGCAUUGCAUCUUGGUCACUAACCCUUCUGAACAGAUUCUGUGGUGCGAGGCUCUUCAGCAGGUCGCCAAGUUCUGCGAGGAGAGCCGCCACAGGUACGAGUGGCUCCCCCACCUUGAGCUGCAGGACCGCUGA